GCGGUGAGGAACAGGGAAGGCGCUAAUGGUUUUCUGCGCCAAGAGUUCGAUAAUUUUGGGCAUCUUCGGAGCUUGGACAUUUGAACUCGCAACAAACCCGCGAAUCGAAAGCUGCCGCCACAGAUUCAGACGAAAUGGCCAAAGCAAGUCUCAAGAAGAUCCUGGACGCCAGGCAGGGGCGCAACAUCCCCCUCGAGAAGCAGCGCAAGCAAGAAAAGGCUGCCGACAAGCGCAAGGCGAAGAAUGCGCCAGAGGUAGAUGAUGAGGAGGCUGGGGGUGUGCCGCUGGAUGAGGUCGAGGUCAAGGUCAAUGGAAAGGCAAAGGACUCUAAGAACUCGAAGAAGGCGACCAAGGCAACCAAGGCAGUUGAGAAGGAAGCAGAGUGGGAGACCGAGGGCAGCGAGAACGAGGACGACAGCGAUGACGACGACGACGACAUGGAGGAGCGCCCAGCUUUCGACCUAUCGCGCCUGGAGGACAGCGAGAGCGACGUCAGUGGCGAUGAGGAGGUGGAUGAUGAUGACGACGAGGAGGACGAGGAGGACGAGGAGGCAGAAGACAUCCCGCUGUCCGACAUCGAGUCCCUGGCCUCGGAGGACAAGGGUGAUAUCAUUCCCCACCAGCGCCUCACGAUCAACAACACUGCCGCUCUUACUGCUGCCUUGAAGCGCAUUGAGCUCCCAUACUCGAAGCUCGCCUUCUCAGAGUACCAGUCCGUUACCACGUCCGAGCCCGUCGAGAUCGCCGACAUCGAUGAUGACCUAAACCGCGAGCUCGCAUUCUACAAGCAGUGUCUAUCGUCCGUCAAGGAUGCACGAGGCAGGCUGAAGAAGGAAGGUGCUGCCUUUUCGCGACCAGCAGACUACUUUGCUGAGAUGGUCAAGAGCGACGAGCACAUGGGCAAGAUCAAGCAGAAGCUGAUCGACGAGGCUGCUGGCAAGAAGGCGUCUGCUGAGGCACGUAAGCAGAGAGAUCUGAAGAAGUUCGGAAAGCAGGUUCAGGUCGCGAAGAUGCAGGAGCGCGCAAAGGAGAAGAGGGAUACCAUCGAGCAGAUUAACGUGCUGAAGAGGAAACGUCAGGGCGCAGACAUUACCAAGACCAAUGAGGAGGACCUCUUCGAUAUUGGCCUUGAAGCCGACGAUUCCAAGCCCGAUCGCCGUGAGGCACGUGCCGGUGGAAACAAGCGCCACAAGAAGGAUGAGAAGUUCGGAUUUGGCGGCAAGAAGCGACACGCCAAGAGCAACACUGCUGAGUCUACCAACGAUGCACGCGGUUAUUCGUCGAGAAAGAUGAAGGGCAAGCCUACUGGCGCAAAGGCAAGGCCUGGCAAGGCGAGGAGAGCAAACAAGCACUAGACGGACGAUGUUGUAGGAUGAAGACGUGAGAGCAUGCACAUGGCGCUAUGGCGUUCUUUGAAGAGAUAAAAGUAUAGGCACACCUAACUGCACGAUGGGAGGCCGUUAGAGUUAUUUCAUGAUAACAAUACGUACGGUCAUGUACCAUCCAUGAUUCUCCAUGUUGACGUACAGGACCUCUGCAGGGCUCGAUUCUGUUUCGAAGCCAAUUACUUUCCUGUUCAUCGUGGAGCACCGCCUAUCCACUAAUCUGUCUCGAGUUCGAUUUCACCUUGCUCACUCCUCCACAUCACCUCAAAAUCGCCAUCCUACCCCAGCGCCCUCCGCAUCCGCGCUCUCCCUCGCCUUCCUCAUCGUCUCAUCCUCAUAGUGCACCUUGACCUCCCACCUCUUCGCAACCCCCAUCGCAAGCAGCACUCCCCCACCAUCAUCAUUGCCCCAAUCCUCGAUCUUCCUCACCGAACCCUCCCCUCCAGUCAUGAAAUCCAUC